UGUUUGUCAGUGUUUUAAGAUGGCUGACUUGAACGAGAAGUUGUUAGCAGAACUCCUCAAAAAACCAGGAAAUAACGUGUGUGCGGAUUGUGGAGCAAAGAAUCCAGAAUGGGCUUCUUAUAACAUAGGAAUAUUUGUGUGCACAAGAUGCGCUGGCAUACAUAGGUCAAUGGGAGCACAUAUUUCUAAAGUGAAACACUUGAAAUUAGACAGGUGGGAGGAUUCUCAGGUGAAUAGAAUUAGAGAGGUUGGUAAUGUUGCUGCUAGACUUCAUUACGAAGAACGUGUACCACCGUGCUAUAGGAGACCAAGUCCAGAUGCACCGCAAGUAUUGGUGGAACAAUGGAUAAGAGCAAAAUACGAAAGGGAAGAGUUUUGUCAUCCUGAAAGGCAGAAUCAUUACGUUUCAGGUUUCAUGGAAGGGUUCUUAAUGAAACGCGGCAAAGAAGAUUCACGUUAUCAUCCUCGGAAAUUUGUUCUUUGCGAAGCGGAUGAUACAUUGAAAUAUCAUGUUAAAGAAAACAAGGAGCCAAAAGCUGUUCUUAGAAUAUCAGAGUUGAAUGUAGCUUUCGCUCCACCCAAAACUGGUAAUCAAAAUAGUCUACAAAUAUCAUUUAUGAAGGAUGGUACAACGAGACAUAUCUAUGUGUACCACGAAGAUUCAGAAGUGAUCACUAAUUGGUAUCUAGCGAUACGAUGCGCGAAGCUUCAUCGUUUAAAGGUUGCAUAUCCAGGAGCAACCGAAACCGAGUUACUGUCGCAACUUACCAGAGAUUUUUCACGGGAGGGUUUUCUGUGGAAAACUGGCCCUCGACAUACCGAUGGUUACAAAAAGAGGUGGUUUACGUUAGAUGGACGAAAACUAAUGUAUCAUGACGAUCCAAUGGAUGCACAUCCAAAAGGGGAAAUUUUUUUGGGUCAUUCUUCGGAGAGUUUCGCCGUGAGAACCGGAGUACCGCCGGGUGCGAAAGAUCAAGGCUUUUCGUUUACUCUUGAAACACCAGACAGAACCUAUCUUCUUUCUGCUCAAAGCGAAGAUGACAGAACACAGUGGAUGAAUGUAAUACAAAAGGUCAUAGAAAAGCCUCUUACUCCACAAGAUGCAACCGUGGCGGCACGUCUUAUAAGAAAACGCACAGCUAGUGGAACAAUGAACAUAUUUUCUUCUACAAGGUAGGGCUGGAUCCCUCUUAGGUGCCUUUCCUAAUUGUUAAAAAAUGAACAUUACUUAGAUAAAUGAAUUGGGCUGUUGUAUCGAGAGAUUAUAAAAAAGAAAUAGACUACUCGACAUGCAUGGCGAAUGGAUGACGUGCUGUGAUCGUAUAAUGCCAUCGAGUCACACGCGUGCCCCUCCCCCUAUACACAACACAUAUAUUUAUU